AUUCCAUCUCCGUAGGAUAUCCCUCGGACUAGCAACUACCGUCGCAUAAAAAGCCAAUGCAACCAUACGAACAAUCUACCAGGGAAAAAAUACAAUACAUUGGAUUGACUUCUAUCAAUAUCUUUCAGCAACAUUUCAUGUGAUGUCCCAUUCCUCUAAUUCCAGCUUCGACUCUGAUUCGCAUUCAAACCAAACCGACACUAUAUUUAUUUACGACAUCAACGACCCGCUCUUCCAUAUCUGCUGGCGAAGACAAGCAUGUCAACGUUGUUUAAAAGGGGAUAUACAAUGUAGCUGGUGUCCUAUAUCGCAAACUUGCGCCCCCAACCCAAGCCACUUUCCAAUCCUCUCCCCCAUAAGCUCCGAAAAUAUCUGUCCACUCGGAUACAAAGAGCGCUGGGAGCUAAGGACUUCGGGACUCGGAUGCAAUGUGAGUAGCAUCACGUUCCUGACUACGGUUGUGACCGUUUUGUCGACGUUUAUGGGCAUCGGGUUGGCUUAUGGGGUUGCUUGGAGCGGGAAAAGGGUUAUUGGAUGGUGGCGGGAGAGAGAAAGGAGGCCAGGAGGUAAUACAGGCAACGGAGGAUGGAGAGGGAAGUUCUUGGGGGCUCUGAGGAUGAUGAACCAUCGUAAUCGGAGGCUUAGUGAUAGUGGUGACGAGGGAUUAAAUGAGGAUCGGGAAUAUGAGGAGGGGAGGCCGUUGUUGGGAUGAGAUGCUACGCAUUCAAAGCACAAUAUGUACUUAUAAAGACACGUUUUAUAUUGAUAUCAUCGACAGGUAUACAAGGGUAAAGACAAUCAGCUGCUCACAACCCGGCCAACCUUGUACUCGACGACAAUCGGCUUGCCCUUUUCGGUCCUGAACCAUCCUUGACCAACGAAGACGUGGUUUUCAAGUUCCUUGUAGCGUG